AACCAACCAACCAACCAACCAACCAACCAACCAAACUAACUAAACGCUUGGACCAAGUUCUUUAGUCGCCAUACCCGGGGGUUAAGGGAGAAGCUGCAUGGUGCAGUCAACAGUGCAGACCACUAACAGGGGUUCCACUUAAAAUGACUUCAGAAUUUUUAGUGUUAUUAAUAAGUUAUUGUGGUACUAGUUACUAGUAGACCCGUUCAAUGUCGCGCUCAGUUAACUGCCUGUGCCUACUUUACACCACUACAGCACAUUAUAGUUAGUUACUCCCCGGUCCAUCUAAUUUUGGGAGGCCAAUAAUCUCGACAUAUCGCACGCGACGAACCUUUUACAUUGACUCUCUUUACAUUUACCAACAAACCACCAUAAGUCAACAUUAUUAUAUUCACUUAGGGGCUCUCAAUCCCAAAGGAAGAUAUGUUAUGAAAGUGACGAUUCGGGACCCAAAAUCAAUCCCAGGCUUGGUCCUUGGUUUGCCUCGACGACAAGUCUCAAAUCUCCAGAUCCUAGCCUAGGAUCACCAACCACUUUUGAACACACAUAGGUAGCAUACGUAGCUCCAGCAACCACAGAUAUGAGCGACCUUGAUAAGGCAAUCGCUCAGCUUCGAGCAUGUCGUCCGAUACCCGAGCCGCAGGUGAGGGAGCUCUGCCACAAAGCUAGAGAGCUCUUGAUAGAAGAAGGCAAUGUCGUCACAGUCACAGCUCCAGUAACGAUAUGUGGUGACAUUCACGGACAAUUUCAUGAUCUGAUGGAAUUGUUUCGCGUUGGAGGCGAUCCGCCGGAUACCAACUAUCUCUUCAUGGGCGACUUCGUCGAUCGCGGUUUUUACUCGCUAGAAUCCUUUCUCCUCCUACUCUGCCUCAAAGUUCGUUAUCCCGACCGCAUGACCCUUAUUCGGGGAAAUCACGAGUCCCGCCAGAUCACAACGGUCUACGGCUUCUACGACGAGUGUUUGCGAAAAUAUGGCAGCGCCAACGUUUGGCGAUACUGUUGCGAUGUUUUUGACUACCUCGCCCUUGGAGCCAUAGUCCUCAAUGCAUCCAAUACCCUCUCACCACCGAAUGAUAUGACCCCGAGUGAGGAAUACACCGAGCAAGACAUUGAGAUAGAAGUUUGCAAUGCGGAUGGAGAUAUAAUGUCGCGUUUCAUGAGACGUAACAGCGCCGACCGCGAACGAAGAAGUCCCAAUGGGAUCCAACCUAGAACUGGUCCUCCCGGCAGUGGCGCAUCAGGUUCCAGUGGAGGAACUAUUGGCAAUCCGACAGGCGCUGUGCUAUGUGUGCACGGCGGUUUGUCUCCACUCAUCGACACGGUGGAUAAGAUACGCCUAUUAGAUCGUAAGCAGGAGGUUCCUCAUGAGGGCGCCAUGUGCGAUCUUCUUUGGUCCGAUCCAGACGAGAUUGAUGGGUGGGGUCUAUCGCCUCGUGGUGCAGGAUUCCUUUUCGGCGCGGAUAUUGUCAAGGUUUUUAACCACAAAAACGACCUUUCGCUUAUUGCGCGCGCCCACCAACUUGUCAUGGAAGGUUUUAAGGAAAUGUUCGAUGCGAGUAUCGUCACUGUCUGGUCGGCACCCAAUUACUGUUAUCGAUGCGGCAACGUGGCAGCCGUGUUAGAACUAUCCGAGGAUCCGACGGGAGAGAGUUUCUUUGCACGCAGCAACGGCGAUGUAGGCCGAAGUGAUGGCGGUGUUGAAGGGGUUAUGAUGGAGAGUGAGAAGAGGCUCAAGAGUGGCCCAGCCAGAAGAUAUCGCGUAUUCCAGGCCGCCCCGCAAGAUUCUCGUGGUAUGCCCGCGAAGAAACCGGUGGCGGACUAUUUCCUAUGAUGGGAGAGGCAAAUCGGCUAGGUUAGCAUGGAGUGUGACAUUGUAUAAUAUGAGUUCGAUCUUUUAGAACUCUCAAGGCUCAAGGUUGACCCUUAUCAUUAUGAUACCAGUUGGAGUUCCGGAAGUAAAGGAAAGAAAGAAAGACAGAACGAAAGAGUUAAUGGAUCAUGUUUUCGAAUUCCUCAUUGCCCAUGCAUGAUUAGGUACGUCUUCCCUUUUACGGCUACGAUUCACACAGAUAGGUCCAAAGACAUAGUCAAAUACAGAUGUCUUCCAGAUGAGUAUAGUGAAACGAAAGUGUCAAUUAAAAAAAAGAAAAUCUAAGGAUAAGGUAGGUUUGUGUCUAAAUUUACGAUGCUGGAUGAGAAUGAAGAGUGAUAAUUGUCACAAGGGAAUAUGGAGCGAAGCUUUAAAACGCAAGAAGCUGUAUUGAUCUAAC